UGUUGGCGUUGGAAGCGCAGACGCACGGAAAAUGCGAGCACAAAGUUUGGUGACAUUAAGUAACUAGAACACUUUCAUGUACACCCAAAUAUUUCUAGAGAGAAGUACUAUCGCUUCAUAAGGAUCUUCGUUCAUAAGGAACUGACUUCAGAAGGACUUCUGUUCUGUGUCAUCGUAUUUUUAUUUUUUGACUCCGUGUUUUGAAGGCGGAAGAGUUCUCUCGUUAAACGUUUUCCAAAGUCAUGUUUAUUAUUCGGUUUCCUUUGUUCCUCUUUUGCUUUGGGACGUAACAAGGAAGGCUUUUUAUUAUUUUUAUUAUUUAAUUUUCAAAAAAAGAAAAGAAAAGAAAAGAAAAGUGGAUAUAUCUGUCUUUUUAAAUGUUUUGUUUAUUCUUUGGGGUUGCAAACAAAGAUUUCUAACGUUUUGUCGUUUUUUCUGAAAUUCCCUCACUGUUGCUUUGAUAACCGGCGCUCCAAACCUUUUCUUGGAGCUGGAUCUGUUUAUAACAUCAAUAUCACGUAACGCUGCAUUUGGAUACACAUGUGUUUUUUAAAUCAUAGACAGUAAUUGGCACAUGAACCCUGCGAUGCACAAGUUCUGCUUUAGCGUACUGCUGCUUCUGCGCGGACUCAUCUUCUGCGUCUGUUCCAGAGAUGACCCUGGACUGUACAAGCACACAGCUGUGUUCUCAGGCACGUGUGCACGAUCAAAUACAGGCUAUACAAAUAUCCAUGUCUGCAAGUGAGCCCUCCAUGUAUGACAGAGGCUGACCGCUUCAGCCUGGAGGCUCUUCAGCACAUCCACAGAGACAUGGAUGACGAUCAGGAUGGAGGCAUUGAGGUGGAGGAGAGUGUCGAGUUCAUCAUUGAAGAUAUGCAGCAACAACAACAGGCAAACAAGCACAGUAAACUCCAUCACGAGGACCAGCAUAUCACUUUGGAUGAGCUUUGGAAAGGCUGGAAAACUUCUGAGGUUCAUAACUGGACUCAGGAGGAUGUCUUGAGGUGGCUAAGAGAGUUUGUUGAGUUGGCUCAAUAUGUAAAGGGUUUCAAAGAGCUGCAUGUCAAUGGGAACACCUUGCCCAGAAUUGCUGCCAAUGAGCCAUCAUUUAUGAGCACUUGUCUGAAGAUCCAGGACCAGCAACACAAACAAAAACUUAAGCUCAAAGCUCUGGAUGUAGUGCUGUUUGGCCCACCUACACGACCCCCAUACAACUGGAUGAAAGACCUGGUUCUGAUAGUGUCAGUAGUAAUGGGUGUUGGUGGAUGCUGGUUUGCACAAGUACAGAAUAAAGCAUCUAAGAUACAUAUAACAAAGAUGAUGAAGGACCUGGAAAGCUUGCAGAGAGCUGAACAAAGCCUCAGAGACAUACAGGAGCAGUUGGAAAAGGCCCAGGAAGAGAAGCGCACCGUGACGGUAGAGAAGAAGAAUCUAGAGGAAAAGAUGAGGGAUGAGAUUCAGGGUGCCCAGGAAGAGGCCUACCGCCUGCACAAACUCCAAGAUGGAGCAGUGAGUGAACUCACCCGUCUUCGGUAUGCAGAAGAAGAGCUCGGACAGGUGCUUGAUGCAUUGAAGAGGGCCGAACAAGACAUGCAGACCCUCUGGUCUGUUCCUGAAACUUUUCAGCUGUGGCUACAGCUCACCCAUGAGGUGGAGGUCCAGUACUACAACGUCAAGAAGCAAAGUGCAGAACAACAACUCGUUACAGCUAAAGAUGAGGCUGAGAAGAUCAAGAAAAAAAUGAGUUCUGUGUUUGGUACACUACAUGUUGCUCACAGCUCCUCACUGGAUCAAGUGGAUCAGAGAAUUCUGGAGGCCAAGAAUGCACUAGCAGAGGUGACUGCUUGUCUACGUGAGCGUCUGCACCGAUGGCAGCAGAUUGAGAGCUUUUGUGGUUUACCUGUGAUGAAAAAUGCAGGCCUACCCAGUCUCACUGCUUUACUCUACCCAGACCCCAACUGGAUUCUAAUGCCCCGGGCUGCAAUUCAGUCCUAUCAAGUGCCUGUUUCGGUGGAGGACAUGGAGGAGGAAAUGCAGCAGAUUCCUGGGAGUCUAUGGAAAAAUCUUCAGAUACAGAUUCUAUCGGGUCCUCCAUCAACAGAAUGUACAGCACCCUUGAUGUUUCUCCUCGAAGAAAAUAAAUUUUCUCUGACAGAAUACCGCGAAAGAUCUCCCUCGAUGAACAAGAGUACAGCCCCUCCAGCAAGAUCUCAGAGGAAGAAAUGGAUGAAUCUUUGGUGAACAUCUGAAGAAAAGUUUCACGAUACGAACUAGACAUAAAUACUUCAUCAAGAAAGACAUCUAGAGAUGAAACUGUUGACCAUCCUAAACAACUGGGUAGAGGAGAAACUGAGGCUAGGAUCGAUUCGAGGAAAUUACCCAGGGAUCUACCUUUGGAUUCCACAAUGAGGUACUACUCUACAGAAAAAAUAUGUCCGGCAGCAAUUAGCAUGAAUAGUCAGAGACAAUGAUCGCUUAAAAACAGAAAAGAUCAUAUGGACAGUAUUUCAAGAGUGAUACCAGAAGCAGAGCUCAAUAUAGAUACCACAAGUGGAACAAGAUAUUUAGAUGCCUUAAUGAACACAAAUAACAGAUAUUUCAAUGGAUAUGGCUUCAAAAAACAUACUGAAACAGUAGUUUGAGAGAAGCAAAUCCUUUAAAGAGAAUAGGGAAAUCCCCUCAAAAAAAUCUCUCAAGAUGAGUAAGACAUAGCAAUGGAGACACCACGAAUGCAAAGCAAGAUAGACAGAUCUGUGGAAACUCCCAUUGGUAAAAUAGAGGGAGAUGGUGGGUCUAACUGUGGAGGCUCCAAGUCAUAAGAUAUGUCAGGAAGAAUUCCUGGUUACGAACCCAAGACAGUUUGGCCUGCCUGACCUCAUGCUCUGGAAACCAGCCCCAGACUCGCUCAGCACACUAGUGUAUGACGGCAUUCUAGAAAAGUCUUAUGGGAACCCUCUCAUGCCUAGUCCUGGUGAUCUCAGUCAUGCGUCUUCAGUGUCUUGCUCUUCCCAAAGCCUUCUCGGAAAUGAAGGUCAAUGUGCAAAUUUGUUUUCUUCAGAAUCUUGCAGUAAAGACAAGGGCAAGAAAUCUUCAGAGCUCAAGAAUAUAUUCAAAAAGAAAAAGGAAAAAGAUAAAGACUCAUAAAGGUCAACGACAAGUAGGAGUUCAAACACUUUUAAAAGGCCAAAGUCUCUUAUAAAACUUGGAAAGCUGCCUUGUAAACAAGAACAUAAGCACAGCUAAACAUCCUGAAUGGAGUAACCUGCUUUCCUUGCAAAAGUUUUUUCUUCGAUAAGCAGGGCCCUCAGCUAAAUGGAUGCAAUCUUGUGAAACAAAGACCAGAACUGCACUUUUCCAACUUGGAUUCAGAGAUACUGUAUUACGUAAGAUGUUCUGUCUAGAGAUAUUAAUUGCACUUUUUUUUUAUUGUGGAUCUUUUUUAUCAUUUGGAAUCAUUUGCAAUGUCAUGGACAUGUGGAGUUUUUGCUCUGAUGAACUGAGAAUUUUGAAAAUCAUUGUAGCACUAAAGACACAAUCACAACAAGCACAACUUAUUAUUUAUUUGAUUUACUUGUUUUCACAAAAUGUCAAAAAAGACAAAACCAUAUAGUUACUAAACAUUUCCUAAGAUACUGUAUUUACAACAGGACUAGCAACAUGUGUAUAUAAAAAUAUGAGCCUCAUUCAUAAAUGUGUUUCAGUUUGUUGGGUUUGGUUCUAAUGAAGCUAAAAAAAGAAGAUAAACAUGACAUAUUUGUGGAAAACUGA